ACAAAGACAUUGCUAUUUUAUUUCUUUACAUACAUACAUACAUACAAACAUACAUACAUAUGAAGAAUUUUUUCUCUUUCUAUGAAAAAUCUUUCUUUUACUCUCUUUCUAUCUCUUAACAUCAUUGAAUAAGUCGUCCUCGAAUCUCCUUUCACUACAGCUUCGGUUCCUGAAACCAAAACCCCACUUCCUACAGGACCCAUCAAGCGCCAUUGACGUUGCACAAUUGCUCACAAGUUUUCCUCAAUUUUUUAAUUUUAUUAUUUCUAUUAUUAUUCUACGGCUCCCAUCAAGCGCCAUCAAGCGUCAUGGAUUCUCUUAUCGCUUCAGAAUUUCUACUCUGCUUUUUUUUGGUUUUAAAGAUAAAGCUGGUAUUUUGACGGUAAUGUGGUAGCCUGAGUUGUUGUUAUUAUUUAGCAAUCAUGUCUAUGGAUUCUUCUUCAUUUGAGGGAGUUGCAGUUGAUCCAUCAAAAUGCAGUAAGAUGAGUAUAGAGGAAAAGAGGGAAUUGGUUUAUGCAUUAUCUAAGAGAUCACAUGGUGCCUCUGAAAUGCUACAGUCAUGGACCCGUCAGGAGAUUUUACAGAUCCUAUGUGCAGAGUUGGGAAAAGAAAGGAAAUACACUGGCUUGACUAAGUUGAAAAUUAUAGAAAACCUUUUGAAGCUUGUUUCUGAAAAGAAUUCAGCGGAACAUGAGGUGAAAACUGAAGCUGAACCACUGUCUUCUUCUUCUUCCUCACAGAAAACAUCGAAGAGGCAGAGGAAAACUGAAAACCCUUCUCGGUUCCCUGUUCCUGUGAAUGAACCUGCUAUCAACAAUGGUAGCAAUGACAUAGUUAAUGCUAUAUACUGCAAAAACUUGGCUUGCAGGGCUACCUUAAGAGUACAAGAUGCAUUUUGCAAGAGGUGUUCUUGCUGCAUCUGUCAUCAGUAUGAUGACAACAAGGAUCCUAGCCUGUGGUUAAUUUGCAGCUCAGAACCUCCAUUUGUAGGGGAGUCAUGUGGCAUGUCUUGCCAUUUGGAGUGUGCCUUGAAAAAUGAAAGAUCUGGAAUUGGAAAUGGUAGAUGCUUCCCAGGACUUGAUGGGAGCUUUUACUGUGUGGCAUGUGGAAAAGUCAAUGAUUUACUUGGAUGCUGGAGAAAACAACUAAUGUUAGCGAAGGAUACUAGACGGGUGGACAUACUGUGUUAUCGUGUCUCCUUGGGCCAAAAACUUCUCAGUGGGACUGACAAGUACAAAAAUCUCUCUACGAUUGUUGAAGAUGCUGUCAAGAUGCUUGAAGCUGAAGUGGGUCCAUUAACUGGUUUACCUGUGAAGAUGGGUAGGGGUAUUGUAAACAGGCUUUCUUCAGGACCCGAAAUUCAGAAACUCUGUGCAUGUGCUCUGCAAGCAUUGGAGGAAAUGAUUUCCAACACCAGCUUGCCCAAUCCUGCAAUAAAAGAUCCAAAUUUGAUUUCCAACAUGGUUAGUGUUGAAGAUGUUUGUGCAACAUCUCUAACGGUGGUAUUGGGUUCGGAAGAUCCUUCACUUGGUACAAAUGUUUCUUACAGCUUAUGGCAUCGGAAAGCUCAUGAAGACUAUCCACUUAGACCUACUUGUACAUUGUUUGCAGCAAAUCCAAGGUUUGUCAUCACAGGACUUACUCCAGCUACUGAGUAUCAGUUCAAAGUUGUUUCCUCAAUUGGUACUACAGAGUUGGGUAAAUGUGAAGUUUGGUUCUCAUCCGGCUGUGUCAGGGAUGAUGUAACAAACUGCUCAUUAUUGGAAAGAAGUCACAGCCCGGCUACUAACUGUAGCAGCCUGUCUAAUCCGUCAUCUGUUGAAGAUGAAACCAAUAUCACUCCAGCCAUGGACCAAAAUGAUGAUCGAGUGAACAAUUAUUUUACUUACUGCAAGGACACUGAUAAAGUAGCUUCUGCUAUGUUAUCUGAUGAUGCUGUUGACUGUGCCAUUCUGGUUGAAGGAGCAACUCCGGCAGAUGCAGUUUCUCUGUUGGAAGAAGAGCGUAUUAUCAACAUAGAUGGCUCUGUGCCUGAUUCUGAUGUUCGAAAGCUCGAGAAGAAGCUCCCACCAGAUGGCCAACUCAUUGAUGAGAUGAGCACGGAUAAUGGGUUAGGCAACCCAGGGCUAACUGGCAUGGAAUGUGUGCCAUAUGUAGGUACCUCAGAGGCUAGUUUGCCGAUUACUCCCUGCAAGAUAGAAAUACUUAAGGAUGGACAGGGAAGGAAUGCAAGGUCUAAAUCAAGCAACAAGGAUAUGGGAAAUGGGAUUGGCAAAGAAGAUGGGCCCCAAGAUAAUAGCACAUCAAGGAAGAGGAUUGCUGAAAGGCAGGACGAGGAGUCUACAGACAGGGACUUUGAGCACUGUGUGAAGGUGAUUAGAUGGUUAGAGUGUGAGGGACAUAUAGAAAGGAACUUCAGGCAGAAAUUCUUGACUUGGUACAGCUUGAGAGCAACCUCACAGGAGGUAAGGAUUGUGAAAGUGUUUAUCGAUACCUUUGCUGAAGAUCCAGUAUCUCUAGCAGAUCAACUUGUGGAUACCUUUUCAGAUUGCAUCUCAAGCAAGAGAUCAUCAGUUGUGCCUGCUGGGUUCUGCAUGAAGCUUUGGCAUUGAUCAUCUCUGUACGAUCAAAUGAAUGCCCACCUUAACCCAUUGGGUUGCUCUUAGCAUAACAUUGUCAAUCAUCAUUUAAAUUUAUGACUAGCAUUUGCCAUUCUUAUGAUGAUGGAAGAAUUUUAGAAUUGUAUUUCUUCUAGAAUGCAGUUCUCGCCUAUUCAUUUAUAUUUUCCAAUAUAACUGUUGGAUCA